CCCUACAUAAAUGAAACCCAGAAAGGUAUUUUAUCCAAUGUUCAUUGUCCUUCUCUAUCUUCAAUAAUUCAAUCCUAUCAUAUGCAAUGGAGAAUUCCUUCCCAUUCUCACCAACCUUGAUCAUCAGCUUGCUAACCUUCCUGGUCUGCACCUUUAUUUACUACUUCAGGAGAUGGCUUACAGAUGAUACUAAGGUCUCUAAUGCCCCUCUAGCAGGCUGGUCUUUGCCUAUUAUUGGCCAUCUUUAUCUUUUUGGUAGGCAUCAACUGUUACAUGAAACACUAGCUGCCAUGGCUGACAAGUAUGGACCGGCUUUUACCAUAAAGAUGGGUUCAUACAAAGCCCUCAUAUUGAGCAAUUGGGAAAUGGCCAGAGAGUGCUUCACUGUACAUGAUAGAGUAUUUUCCACCAGACCCAUCGUUACUGCUUCAAAGCUACUGGGCUAUGAUUGUGCAAUGUUUGGAUUUGCACCUUAUGGCCCUUACUGGCGCGAGGUGCGAAAGAUUGCAACAAUCGAGCUUCUAUCAAACCACAGGCUUGACCAAUUAAAACACCUGAGGACUACUGAGGUGGAGAUCGCAGUAAAAGAGCUGUACAAUUUAUGGUCAAAGCAAGGAUGCCCUGAAAAUGGGGUUUUUGUGGAUAUGAAGCAGUGGUUUGGAAAUUUGUGUUUUAAUGUUGUUCUAAGAAUGGUGGCGGGUAAGAGAUACUUUGGAGCAAGCUCUGAGGAUGGUGAGGCACAGUAUUGUCAGAAAGUGAUUAGAGAUUUAAUACAUCUAUUUGGGGUUCCUGUGAUAUCUGAUGCAAUCCCAGUGCUUAAGUGGUGGGAUAUGAAUGGUGUUAAAAAGCAAAUGAAGAAGACCGCUAAGAAAUUGGACCAACUCAUUGGUGAGUGGUUGGAGGAACACAAAAAGAGGAGACCAUUAGGUGAGCAAGCACGGGAAGAACAAGACUUAAUGGAUGUGAUGCUGAGGAUCCUCCAGGAAAACCCAAUUCCUUUUUUUGACUCUGAUACUAUUAUCAAGGCUACUAGCUUGAAUAUGAUAGCAGGAGCUGACUCCAUAUUGGUCGCAAUAACAUGGGUUUUAUGUCUGAUACUUAACAAUCCACGGGUGUUGAAGAAGGCUCAAGAUGAGCUAGAUAUUCAAAUAGGGAGAGAUAGACAAGUCAAAGAAUCUGACAUCAAGAGUUUACCCUAUCUACAAGCCAUUGUGAAGGAGUCCUUGCGGCUCUAUCCUGCCAGUGGAGUCAUAAAUUUUCUUGAAGCAAUUGAGGAUUGCACGCUUUCCACUGGUUAUCGCAUUCCUGCAGGCACACAGUUGAUGGUGAACAUAUGGAAAAUACAUCGUGACGAGCAUGUGUGGCCAGAUCCUCAGAGCUUCCAACCUGAGAGAUUCUUAUUUAGUCAUAAGGAUAUUGAUGUGAGGGGCCAAAACUAUGAGCUGCUUCCCUUUGGCUCAGGAAGGAGAUCAUGUCCUGGUAUAUCAUUAGCACUACAGAUGCUGCAUCUUACCUUGGCUACAUUGUUGCAUAGUUUUGAACUUUUUACUCCCUCUAAUGAACCGGUGGACAUGACUAUGGGACCUGGAUUGACAAAUAUAAAGGCAACCCCACUUGAGAUCUUUCUUGUUCCUCGCCUUAAAUUCUAACUCGAUGGAUGUAUUUCAUUGUAGCUUUUUCAAGUGGGUGAGGCCAAGUGAAGCCUAGUUUUUCUUUUGUUAGUGCCCUUUUAGGCAUGAUUGUUCUUAUGGGGUUGACAUGUAUGCAUCAGUAUCAAAUAUCGUUUUUGGAUCAAAUCAAAUAAAUAGGUGAUCAGUGGCUAA